AUGCCGGACAAAGAAAAUAUCAGUCUGAUUACUCUGAGGUCAGGCAAGGAGUACAGUGGACCUUCGCAGAAGGCGAUUAAAGAUAGAUAUAGACUGAACCAGGCGAAUAGUGGAAGCAUUGGAAGGGAUGAAAUUUUUAUGGAAGACCUGAGAAGGCCACUACCCCAAAUGGCCGAACCACUCUUUCUCGAGUCAGAGGAUGAGGAGAUAGUUGUGGAGAAGAGUGAAGAAAUGAAGGAAGCCACCAAGGAGGUUCCAAUUGAUCCAAUCAAACUGGCAAAGCCAUUCCCUUACCGAGUGGAAGCAAAGAAGAAGAGGGAGGACCCAGUAGACUUCAUGGAAAUCUUUGAAAAACUAGAGAUCAAUUUGCCUUUCUUGCAAGCACUAAAGCUUCCCCCGUUCAGUCGGUUUAUAAAAGACUUUAUAGCAAGGAAGGCUAAGGCUGAUGGGAAGAUAGUGAUUGACGAGAAUGGGGCUUCGAUUAAUGUGCUACCAUUCUCAGUAUACAAGAGGUUGAGUGGAGCCAGGCCAGAAGGAGUUCUUGAAAAUGUUAUUGUGAAGGUGCAUGAGUUUCUCUACCCUGCUGAUUUUCAUGUUAUUCAAAUGACUGAGUCUGAAUCCGCGGAGGCCAGUGGUGUGUUACUGGGAAGGCCAUUCCUGAGGAUGGCCAAAACCAUCAUUGAUGUGUGUGAUGACACCAUCUGCUUGGAUUACCAUGGGGAGAAGUUCACCUUAAACAUUGAUGAAGCUAUGAAAAAAUCCUAG